AUGAACACUCGCAAUGCCAUUGUAGAAAGCAGUUCUAGUCGAACAGGAAAGUUCCUCAAUGUGGACUUUAACCAAGACUACACCUGCUUCAGUUGUUCGACGCAAAACGGGUUCAUGGUGUUCAAUGUAGAUCCUCUUGAAUGCAAGCUUUCGAAAGAGUUCAGUAACCCAAAUGCAUGUGGAAUAGCGCUAACGCGAAUGCUCUACCGCACAAACUAUGUGGCGCUUGUUGGCGGUGGUAGAAAACCAAAGGUUCCCCCCAACAAAUUGGUAAUCUGGGAUGAUCUGCAGCAACGUGAGUCCCUUACGCUGAGCUUCAUGUCUACCGUAAAGUGUGUUUUUCUGUCACGUAUACACAUUGUCGUGGUUUUGGAAAAUUCGCUGGAAAUAUUCGAGUUUGGUGCGAGUCCCAAGCGACUCUUAGCGCCGCUCGAUACAUGCGCAGGGGCUGCUGCAGAUUUUGUUGUCUGUCAACGUGUGACACGGAGGGGGUCAGCUUCGGAGCCCAAUGUUCCCCUUACGAUUACGCGCGGAAUCCUAGCGUUUCCCUCCGCUAGAAACCCGGGGCAGGUCCAAUUGGCAGAUUUGUCGCAUCUGCAGUCCAGCGAGGCACAGGAGGCCAGUGCUGCGCAAUUGCCAACUUCCAUAAUAAAAGCACACAAUAGCCCUAUAAGGCUUAUCAAAAUAAGCCCUAACGGCGCCAUGGUUGCUACUUGCUCGAUGCAAGGGACCCUAAUUAGGGUUUUCAGUACUCAAAAUGGCUCUUUAAUCAGCGAAUUCAGAAGAGGCCUAAACCGCGCAGAUCUGUACGAAAUGGCUUGGAGCUCGCAAAGCUCUCGUCUGGCAGUCGUUAGCGACAAACAGACAUUGCAUGUUUUCCAAAUUACCGAUGAUGACAGCGACACGAAAAACAAAACACAUGUUCUGAAAGAUAUACCCUUGCUCUGGAAGCCCAAGUAUCUCUCAUCUGUUUGGGCAAUGUGCUCUUUACAUCUGCACUCUGCUCUUAAGGGAAAGGGCACCAUGAACGAUCAAGAAUUCUAUAACGACCGGUGUAAAGUAGGCUGGUGCCACGACGGCGAUGAUGACUCUUUGAUCUUGGUGUGGAGAGAUAGCGGUAUAUGGGAAAAAUACGCACUUCUAGAAAAAGAACCCAGGACAUACACUGUGAGCGAAACUUUGCAAUCAUCGCCAGCGACGCAGCAGAAAAAAGAGUGGGAGAUUAUAAGGGAGAGCUGGCGAAAACUGUGA